CUUGGCGAAAUUAAAAUUGUUUACAAAGUAUUUAUCCCAUACAAAUAUAUAUAUUGAUAGACUAAACAUUUCCCGUCACAGGGAAACUUAAUACAAUUUGCAUUUAAAAUAGAUGACAAGCUAGGAAAGAUAGUGCACACCGAAACUGGCGUUAAAUUGUAGAUUUACCACCUAAGUUUUCAUACUUUAAAUUUCGUUGUAGUGAAAUACCAGCAGUGUUUAAUACCAGCUAUUGUUGCCAAUAAUCACACAUUUACAUGCAAAACAAUGCAAUUUUCUUUGUUAUAAGAUACGUGUAACAUUAGGACAUCAAUACAAGACAUUUCGGUAAUGCUGCCUUGAAAGGUUUUAAGGUGGUAUAGCCUUUCUUUCUUUGUACUUGCACACAUACAGAUGUGCGAUGAUUGAUGAAUAAUGCAUUAGAAUAUGCUGGCAACCUUCUGAAUAAUGGAACGCGUUAAAUAUUCAGUACGCAAGUAAUUGAAUAAACCUUUGAAUCGGUACUUUGCAUGUGUCAAAAACCGAGGAAUAUUUUCACGCAGAUAUGUGAUUGUUUUAGCUGUACGAGUAUAUAUACGCUUGUGAAAUGUUAAAGAAAUAUUGGCAAACAUUGCAUAUGAAAUAGAACUGUAGAGGAGUUGAUUGGUGGGCUUAGAAAAUAUUCAAGCACUAUGGAAUUGUUUUGUGAUUUAAAUAGACGGAUUAUACCGUUUCUUAUAACGUUUCUAUAUAUAGCUAUAUAUGCUGGAAGUGUCAGGGCACCGAAACCGGAAAUUGUGUAUCCCGACAGGCAAAUUGUCAGAACAUGGUCAGAAGAUCUGAGCAGAAGGCUUGUUGACUUCAGCAAGAUGGUGACUUCAUUUACUGACAUAUCAGAUGAAUACGCAAGAUCAUCAAACGGAAAGGAACUUUUAGGAGACUCGCUGGUUAGAACAAUAGCAAAGGACAUAGAACACAUGCUCAAGGAAAAGCUUGAUGCUGUUGAGGCACUUGCAAAGGAGGCUGAACGAAUAUAUCAAAACUACACAUACGAUCCAGACUUAGAUAUAGAUUACCUUAAUAGUAAAAAUUUGCUUAGCUCAAAAGACGUGGGAUAUAUCACUGAACAUUCCAAUGAAAAUGUGGCUGAAAUGGCGCAGCAGGCACUCUCACUGGAACUGAUACCUGAUAAAAACUUCAACAACGAACCUGUCAAUCAUGACAAUAGUACCGUACAUGUGCCUACAAAUGUUUAUGAUAGAUUUCCGAAAAUUGUGAAUGGUGCCUAUUGGACACAGAAACUGAAUGACCAGUUCAAGGCAAAUGAGAAAAAGGACAAGUCUUUACGUUGGCAAUACUUCUGCAGUACGGACGGUUUCUUUAGGGUAUUUCCUGGAAUGAAGUGGCCCAGAGAUAACGUAAACGGGAUAGAUAUAUAUGAUUGCCGAGUUCGAGCCUGGUACCUACAUGCAGCCACGUGUCCGAAAAACGUAUUGAUCUUGCUUGACAGCAGCGGGAGUAUGAAGGGAUCAAGGAUGGUGAUAGCCCGUAGCACAGUCAAAGCAAUACUCAAUACAUUAGACGAUGACGAUUAUUUCAAUAUCAUAAAGUUUUCGGAUAAAAUCGAAUACGUGGAUGACUGCUUCACCGAUACAAUGAUGCCUGCGACAACACAGAAUAAACGCCGUCUUCAAGAAGCCGUCGACCAGAACGUUACGGCUAGUAAUACGGCGGAUUUUAAACGAGCUUUUGAUAAGGCAUAUCAUCUUUUGAAUAAUCUGGAGAGGUCUAAAAGAGGAAAACUUUGUAACAUGGCAAUUUUGUUAAUAACAGAUGGUGUUCCCGAACAUUAUGAUGCUGUGUUCAAAUACUGGACCCACGAAUUCAGAAAUAUAACGACACGAGUGUUUACGUUUCUGAUUGGACGAGAAAUUGAUGACGACAGAGAAGUCAGAUGGAUGGCAUGCGCAAAUAAAGGAUACUAUUCACAUAUAUCAACACUGGCUGAUGUGCAAGAAAAUGUGCAGAACUACAUUAAAGUGAUGAGUAGGCAGAUGGUUAUAGAUCGCUACCGAAACAAAAUAUGGACACCCAUUUACCUUGAUCACAUGUCAUACCUGGACAAAAUGGAUCUAAACAAGGGUUUGCAGUUUAUGACAUCCGUUGCUAUUCCCGUAUUUGAUAAGAAGAACGAAACAUUCUUUGAAGGGAACCUACUUGGUGUAAUGGGGACUGAUAUUCCGAUUAAACUGAUCAAAGAACGGAUACCGGUACAUAAGCUUGGUGCAAAUGGAUACGCCUUCAUGAUAAACCACAAUGGUUAUGUUUUGAUGGACCAUGAUUACAGACCCUACAAAAAGAUAACUAAGACUGAUGAAUUGGUCUUACAUCCUUACUACGAGAAUGUUGACUUCACAGAUGUUGCUCUACCAGUCAAUAGAAAUCAGUUUAAACUGUUCGUAAAAAGGCUUCUAUCAGAGAAAACCAACUUUCAAAGCGAAGAGGUCCAAUUUAUGAGCCACUACCAGGACAUGAAACGAAUGGUCAAGCGGAAUUUCAACAUUUACAGUUGCAAAGUGCAAGGCACAGAUUUCAGCAUUGGAAUAGCCUUGCCUGCAACAAGCUUGAGCGAGCUGAUGAGCGCUAAACCUGUGCCAUCAAUACUAGAUGAAUGUUUGAAUGAAACAGACAUUGAACUUGCUCCUUGGUUUUAUUGUGAUGAUCUUGACCCAGCAUUGACUGGAAGGGAUAGAAUUAAUAGACUAAAGACACUUUACGAAGAAUCGAAAACAAAGGGAGACUCGUCAUCAAAAAAAUGUAACAUUGACUUAUUAGGAAAUUUAGUGCACGACAUCGAUCGAUUAAAUAGAUUUAGACGCCUUUGGGGACGUAACAUGAACAGCCAAGGAAUUGAGCUUUUGUUCAUCGGAACAAGUUCCGGACUGACCAAGUACGUGUCAACAAACGACUCUGUUCCUGAUUUUGUUUUAAACAACACCAAUACCCUAGAUGCAUUGUACUACAGACGAGCAGUAGAGGGUGUAGAGAGAGUUGACGGCCAGCCGGCGUACAAUUUCACCUACUCUAUUCCUCUUGAUGAAGCAUUCAACCCAAAUACAACUUUGGUGACAGCUAGUGCCCCUAUUGUGAAAAGAAAUACAGACAAACCCAGAAGGCCAACUAUUUCUGCCGUCGUAGGGUUCCAGAUGAAGUACGAAAAAUUUCAGAGUUUACUGAAUACAGCAACGAGUAAGACUACGAAGUGUGUAGGGCAUAGCUGCGCUUGUGACGGAGAGUCUGUUAGCUGCUAUCUGGUAGAUAAUCAUGGCUAUGUCAUGUCAAAGUCGGUAGAUCCAGAUGGAAGUGUCGGAAAGUUUUUUGGAGACACCGAAAAUGCUGUAAUGAAAGCACUUGUCAGAGACGGUGUAUUUAAAGGCUACAAUUUCACAGAUUAUCAAGCUCUCUGUGAUAUACAAGCCUCGGAAAAAGAAAGAAACGGUGCUGUCAGAUUGCUCAAUCCAAUUAAAGCGAUACUAAAUGCUUUGAUUUGGACAAUCACAGAGACUUUCAUGUUUAUUUCUGAGUUCAGUGUUAAAUCUGCAUGGAGGAGUUUGACGUCAGUUCAUGCAGCUCAGAAUGAACAAGAAGACUGUGAUAAGGUUAUUGCAGAGUAUGAUUAUGAAGAGCUCGCACCUCAGGAGCGUUUGUCAUAUAAUCAGGUGAAAUUGUUGUGUUCAUCUAAAAAAGCUGUGAAGAAAAUUGUGGGGCAUCGUCCUUGUCACAGAUCAUUUACGUUGUAUAGAGCGAACUUUAAUUUUAAUAAGCCGUCUGCUCACGGUUCGGUGAAAGGUUGUAAAAAAGAUUACUCAGGUUGUAGAGAAGCAGGAUGUACCGGUGUCAUUAUAGAUAAGUAUCUAAUAAAUAUUUCCUUUUGUAUAACGUAGAUUUUAAUUAAAAUUCAAAUGAAAUUAAAACGAACAAAAUAUUAUAUCCGUAUAAAGACGACUAAAUGUAGGCAGAACACGUUCUAAUAGUGUAACUUUCAUAUAUUUAUACGUAGGACAUACUGUGUUCAAUCAUACUCUUGAUUGCUAUACAAUGUAGUAUAAAGUCAUGCUUAACUAUGGAUAUGUUUAAAUUUUUGACGGCAACAUUCACUUUGUGCAGAUAUAAUUUACGCACCAGUAUGCUUAACCGUGAAAUGAUUUGAUCUAUUACAGUGUAAUAUAUUUUACACUGCAUCGUGGGUAAAGGACACCAAUUUGUUGCUGGUUGUAGUGUCCCGGGGAGAGUGUGAUAUCUGUGAAGACGCCCCGGUCCACGAUUUUGGACUUGCUCAUACAGAAUUAAUU